AUGAAGUUUGUACUUGCAGAGUUCGUGCUGUGCCUGUCGCUGGUGACUGGGUCCAUCCCCGUUCCUGGGAAGAAAAACCUUUUGGGGAAAGGACCUCAGGGAGAAUCCGGACCUUCAGCCUUCAGAGAAUCCAAACCCCCAGAAGAGGAAGACGUCACGGGCGUGUUGGAGUUUGGAGGACCGCUUGGUGGGGUCAACCCAGAAGAUGACCAACCUCACCAGCGCAAGAGGUUAUGGCUGCCCGGUUCUAGCUUUGAGCCUUGGUUCUACGGCAGCCCAGAAGAACCCAUGUGCCGGGUGAAACUGGACGGCAGCAGCACGUGGGGUCCCAACCACCUGGAGGUCAUGGGCCUCCUCACCAGCUAUGACAGUGGGUUCUUGAAGGCACUGAGCAGGACCGCCUGGAGCGAAGAGGACCUGGAGGUGUUUGGGAUGUGUCCCACAGAUGCCCUUCCUAGCCUGCUCACGUCUCUCCAGCGGGUGAGCCAUUACCUGGCCAACCCAGGGGAGAAUCGCUUUCUUCUGCUUCAUCUGGAAGAAGUGAAGUGGGAGGCUGAGACCAAGCUCAAGUUCAAGCUGACGGUUCAAGAGGAAGUCGAGGCGUCCCUGGUCCUUCUACAGCUCGCCCUCCUCGUCUUUUACCAAGGAGGGAAAGAUUCCGCAGCCACCACCCCCCGGCAGAAGUUCCUAGUGAGCGGAGCAGGGCUCCAUCAACAGCAGGCUGUCUGUCUCACCAGAGACACUCGAUACAUUGUCCUUUGGGGAUCCAUGAUGUCAGGAAGGCGUGUGCCCAGGCAGCUGAGCUUUGAACUUUCCUUGGAGAUUAGGCAUCAGAACAUCACAGGCGCGGCCCUCUCCUCCCAGGAAGCCCAAGAUCUCCUGUUUGGCUUUGACGCCAAGUGUUUCACACGCAUGACCCCAGCUGUGCUGCUGAUGGUGAAACAAAGGCUUGGAGACACCGUAGUUCCACCUCCGUCUUUCCUCGCUGCGGACGGCACGUUAGACGUGGUCCCUUACCUCAAGCCCAGCAGUCUGCAGGCUGCCGCCGUGGCCGGAGCGCCGUCCUCUGAUGCUGCCUCCCCGAGCCAGACAAAGGGCUCCGGGCCGGUGGCCACGAGCACUGGGGAGUUUCUCGAGGCCCUCUCGCGGUUUGUCAACAAGGUGCUGAGGCCCUCCGGCGAGUCGCGUCCGGCCUCCAGGGUGCACCUGCGGUUGGAUUCUGACACCAUGGAGGCCCUUCCUCACGUGCUGCUCAACCUGUCGGAGAAGGUGGCUUUGGAGCAGCUGGUGCAGUCCGACGACCACCUGGUGGUUCUUUUCCCUGAGGACAGCCAGAACCUGAUGGAGCAUCACCCUGGACUUGGGUACCUGGAGGGGACGUUGCUCCAGCAACUCCUGGAGAAGCUGCAGUCGGUGAUCCAGCAACUGAACGCCAUGCCGUCCUUCCGGGCCAACGCAGAACUCUUCCACACCCUCCUGGCUUUCUGUUAUUACCCUUCCAGUGGCCCAGCCGGCCUGUCCAGCAGCACUUCCGGAGGUACAGAGGGAUCCAGGACCCGGGGGAAAAUCCACAGCCUGCUGCUGCUCAAAGCCCUCCAGGUGGUGCGCGCCCGCUGGCGAGAGUCCAAGGCGUCCUCCCGGGCGAACCGCAGUGCUCAGAACCAAGAGGACUACUGCCGACUGCAGGAGCUGAGGAUCGACCUGGUCUCCACAGGAUACGUCAUGCUGCCCAACUCAUACAACGCCAACAAUUGCGUGGGGCCGUGCCGGAGUCCGCUGUCUACCCGCAUCUCUGAUUAUUACUCCCACACCGUUUUCCUGCUGCACAUGCACGAACAGGGCUUGCCCCUCCGGCGUGCCCCGUGCUGCGUGCCGGAGAAAUACUCCCCGAGUCACAUGGUGACCUUUACCCAUGAUCACGGGAUGAUAGUGAAGCUCUACCCAAAUAUGGUGGCUGUGUCGUGUGGCUGCCGGUAG